UUGGUGUAGGUUAAGGCUGAGUUGUAGGUAACAACUAACAUGUUCCACAUCCUAUGGCCUAGGAUACGAUUACCAUUGCAGCCAAACACCCUGUCUUCAAAACCCCUUCCAGCAAGUCUCCUCUAUACCUUCCCUCAUAACUCACCAACCCUCUCUCGCUCUCUCUCGUCCCUUCCGUGAAAAAUAAAAACCGCUUAAAUCUUCAUUUUCGCUUCUUCUUAUCAAGCCCACACCACUGAGCACUUUAUCUCCUUCAAUGGCUCAACUAAAAACUGAUUCUGCUCUCUCCCGUCGUAUCGCUCGUGCUUUCAUCGAUUUCCUCAACUCCGUGGAAGCUGCUCCCGGUGUUGACCUAGAAGGUCUGGAAGUUGCUAAAGAAUGUGUGAGUGAUGCUUUCAAGCUUGAUUCACCAACUAUUGAUGAUGAUCGCUUAGAACCUGGUUUGUUGAUUGAUUUAUUUCGCUCACUGGAAGCAAAUGGGCUGCAAAAGAAUAAAUCGGAUCCUAGCAGCGGCACGGCUCCUGUGGAUGCUCCUACUUCUUCUAAUAAUAAUACUAAUAAUGAUGGGUUUUCUAGAGAUGAGCUUUUUGGGCAAUUCUUUGCUGCGCUUGAGAAAAUGCACUUCUUUAGAACAACUCCUGAUGGGAAUGAUGAUCCUGCUCAACUUGAUAGAGCGACACGGUUGUUUCAUGAUGCUUUAAAUGAAAUGGAAAAAAAUGAAUGCCAUGCCUAUGGCCGCAACAGUCUAGCUGAGGCAUUAAAGUCACAAGGUAACAGGGCUGUGCAGUGUAAACUUUACUCUGAUGCAAUAGAGUUGUAUUCUUGCGCCAUUUCACUUUGUGAAAACAAUGCUGUUUACUACUGCAACAGGGCAGCUGCCUACACUCAGAUCCACAAAUAUACCGAAGCAAUCAGAGAUUGUCUUAAAUCUGUCGAAAUUGACCCAGGUUACAGUAAAGCUUACAGUCGCCUUGGAUUAGCCUAUUAUGCACAAGGGAAAUACAGGGAUGCUAUUGAUAAAGGAUUUAAGAAAGCCUUGCAACUGGACCCCAGUAAUGAAACGGUCAAAGAAAAUAUUCGGGUAGCUGAGCAGAAAUUGAUAGAACAGCAGCAACGAACAGAACAAGGCCAGAAUUCUAGUUCAUCCAAUCGUGAUAAUUAUGAAUCUAGCAAUCAAUCCACAGGAGGGUCUAGGAGCCAUAGUAUGCCAAUGCAAUUUGACAUUAACGGCAUUUCUGUUGACUUUUCAAGCAUGUUACGGAACAUGACUGCUCACAUGGGAGCGCAAUCUCAGGACAGGCAAGGACAAGAUGGGAGCGCUAAUGGAUCUAAUGAACCUGAAAUAAUAAUAGGUGGGAACAUAGGUGUGAAUAUGACAGAAACUACGCCGGAUGAACCCCACCUAGGUGUGAAUAUGACAGAAACUAUGCCGGAUGAACUAAGAGGAGCUUUCAGGUCAAUGAUGGAAAUGUUCUCAGGGGCAGCUUCCCAUGGAAAUGCUCAAGAUGCCAUGAAUGGAAGAUCACCGACAAACUAAAACAUUGAUACAUUAAGUAUCAAUUAUCGACAUGCUUUCUCCGCAUUUUCUUCUCUUUCUCACUCUAAAUAGGAGAUUUGCCUUAUCGACAUGUCCACGGAGUUGCCAUGGGUAAUUUAGUCGAUGUUGAGACAGAAAAGCUAGGAUAUAUAUAUAUAUAUAUAUACAGUGCAGCUUUAUUUGGAUUUUCGAACCAUGUAUAUUUCUGGAAUAUGCUCGCAUUGUGAAUUGUAGUGUGCAAAAGGAUUUGGUGAGGAAAAAAAAAGAAUCGUUACAAAAUGUCGCUAAUUUAUUUUCCACAUGCAGGUGGAUUCUAAGAGAAGGCACUGUUUUGUUUGGACUGAAGUCCUCAAGUCAGAGUCGCCGAAUGUGUCCUCGGUCUCACAUAUUAUGUCAUAAUUCAUUUUUAAUAAAGUUGAACUAAUUUUUGUUUUAA